AUUCUCAUUGCUUUCGGAAAAGUCACAGCAAACACGCGUGCUCUAGGAAUAGGAUUCUAGGUUUUAAUGUAAAAAACGAAUAUCCUAUUCCGGAAAACCGCGAAAAUUCACAUUGUUGAUACAGUGCGCAAGCGUUAUAUUAAUAGUGAGAGCUGCCAUUUUCAGUGUGUCAGUUUCUAGAGUUGCAUCCGUUUGCCGUCCGCCGAUGCGCGACCACGCGACAGAGCAAUAGUUAAAAAAUACUUGUGAUAAACGGAUUGAUUGCUGCAAUCAGUGUGGAAAGUGUCAAGAAAAUUCAACAUUAAUUUACAAUAUUCAAUAGAAAGAAGGCUUGAAAAUUUCCAAGGAUUCAUUCACAAGGAAAAAUUCUGCCCGCUAAUCGAGGAAGUGCAGUAUUCAGGAAGACUGAAGGAUUCCUUAAACGAAGAAAAGUCAUUGAAAGAAUUCCCAGGCGCAGUACAUUGGACGCUGAAAAUCGAUAGACCGACGACGACUCGAUAAAUUUUAACGUUGGCGCACCAUCGCGACUUUUCUUCUCACAAAAAAUGAAAAAGACAUUGCUAAACGACUAUACCAAUCGAGAAAACAAGAAAAGAUCGUUUCAAGAGAUUGUUUCCUCUCCGAAUAACUCGGAUAACAAAAGAAGACUUGGCCGUGUCGUAGGCAGCGAAAAUGAAGGCAAGAGGUACAUUAGCAGUUUACGUUGCGUGAGCGGAGACGGUAACCGCGGUAGUAGCACAACCGGUGGUUCAACCGGAUUGUUACGUGGAAUUCGUAGCCGCGGAGGCGGCGGCGGGGGUGGAGGGGGUGGGGGCAGCCCAGGCUCUGGAAGCCCCAGAGGGGGUAGUCCUCGCGUUGUUAGCCCGCGUCUGGGUAACAGAGGCGGUGGAACUGAUGGUGUACCGGUACCCCCAAGCAACGGACACCAUCACCUGAACGGACACGGGCACGGACAUCAUCAUCAUCAAACAACCACAGGAACUCGUCACAAUAGGCAUCACAAACUAACCGUCAGCAAACAUUGCAACGAACAUCGACAUCACCUACAUCAUCAUCGGCAUCAUCCACACCAUCGAUUCCAUCGGGGUAUGAACAUGGGCCAAAAAUUAUCAGGUAGUGUGAAAAGCCUGACCCGCGACAGUAGUGUGUCAGCACAAGGAGGAGUUGGCGCCGGUGGAGGUGCCGCCAUAGGAUACAAACCAGUUGUCCCACGAGAACUGGCCCAAGACUUAUCUAGACCCGCUCGUCUCGAUGUUCUUCUGGAUAUGCCUCCAGCUUCACGUGAAACUCAAAUACACCAUAGUUGGAAUGCCGAUGACCGUAGUUUGAAUAUUUUCGUUAAAGAUGAUGAUAAGCUGACCUUCCACAGACAUCCAGUGGCACAAAGUACAGACUGCAUUCGGGGGAAAGUCGGUUACACGAAGGGAAUGCACGUGUGGGAGUUACACUGGAGUACAAGGCAACGUGGAACCCACGCAGUUGUUGGCGUCGCGACGGUAGACGCACCUCUUCACAGCGUCGGUUAUCAAAGUCUCGUUGGAAACAAUGAACUAAGUUGGGGAUGGGACCUUGGUAGAAAUAAACUCUAUCACGAUUCCAAGAAUAAUAAUGGAAUCACGUAUCCCGCUCUUCUCAAACCUGACGAAUCCUUCAUCGUUCCGGACAAAUUCCUAGUGGUCCUCGAUAUGGACGAGGGAACUCUGGCAUUCGUAGUUGAUGGUCAGUACCUUGGAGUAGCAUUUAGAGGCCUGAAGGGCAGAAAAUUGCACCCUAUUGUUUCUGCAGUAUGGGGACACUGUGAAAUUACAAUGAAAUACAUCGGAGGCCUUGACCCUGAGCCAUUGCCAUUGAUGGAUCUGUGCCGACGGGUGAUUCGACAGCGAAUCGGUAAGCACCUGAUAGAAGAAAAAGUGGACGAAUUGAGUCUGCCACUAUCGAUGAAGACUUAUCUCUUGUAUCGAGACAGGAGGUAACCACCGAGUGGCACUCUUUGAGAUGCCAGAAAAUCGGCGAUCUCAAAUAUAACAACUCUCAAGACACGAUAUCGUUAUCACUACAACGCACAGAGAUCCCGCCGAACCCCUCGCAUGCCAUCGAGCACAGUCCACCGAUAGCCGCGUGUCAAUCGUCGUCAUCUCAAUGAUUUCCGCAUGAAGAGAGCAGCAUCAUCACUUCGACGCCCCCCCCCCAAAGACGAUGCCUCAACGGAAUCCGAGACUAGAAAAAAUUAUUAGCUAAUAUUUGUUGUUUUUUAUGUUGUCAACGCGAUAAAAAUCGCAAAUUUUUAUUCCUUGUUAUAAUCCAGCCGAGAAAUGCGAUCGGCACGCAUUCCAUUGUUUUUUCUUUUCUUUUUUAGUUCCCACUUUGUUGAGGUUUGUGUAUAAUCGAAAGAGGAGCGCAAAAAAUAUGAGAAGGGACGAUUUAAGACAGAAAGAAACAGAAAUGGAACGAUUUAGAAACAGAAGAGAAAAAUGAUGAAAAAAAGAGAAAGAAUUUUAAAAAAGAAACUUGGGAAACGGAAAAGAAUUUAGAAUGAUUUUAAGGAAAAAACUAUUUCGAGAAUGAAAAAUAAUUUCCAAGAGACUUAAAGGAAAGGAGAAUGGACGAUUUCGUGAAAGAAAGAGCAUUUUUGGAGGAAUUUCCUCGAGACGAAGACACGCGGCGUUCCCUUGCAGAACUUCAAGGUUGGCCAGUAAACAAUUUAGACUUAGUCGAGCCUGGAGACUGCAUUUUUCUUUCGAUUUGUUUUUUGACAAUUCAAAGUCGACAUCGGGCUCGCUCUAGUCCGGCAUUGCGAGGAGGAAUUCACCAAACAUGAGAAGACAAGAGACAGUGAAAAAUUUAGCCAAGGAUGAUGAGAAACAUCAUUAUCAUCGAGGGAAGAGGAUUUCAUUAUUACCAAUUAUUAAGCAAAAGAAGACGAAGGAAAAAAAGAAGAAAAAGUGUGUACAGUGAGGGAAAAAAAGCCAGCCGAAUAGCCACCUUCCAAUAGACUCGUUUUUCAAGUAUUUUCUAAGCAUGCUAGGUCUUACAAAGUAUAGUGGUUUAAUCGAGAGAACGUGAGAGUGAGAGAGAGAGAGAGCUAUGCGCGUGUGGAAGAGAGAGAAAAAAAUGUACGGCAAUUUAAAAAAGGGGGGGAGAGAAAUAAGAGAAACGCGACUAGACUAGAUUUUUGCUCGGCUCUUCUUCGCUAAUGCGGAAAAUGUGAAUGAAAAAGGGGCAUUUGUUUUGUCGCGUCUUCCAAAAUUACACGAGCUGCCAGUGUUUAAUUCACGCUUCCCAACAUUUUUUUCGUUUUUCUUUUUAAAGACACGAUUCCUCCGAGUCUAACGCACCAUCUCUUUUCGCAAAGUACGCACAAACGCGCAUUUUUCAGUGGCAUUUUUUUUUCAUGGAUAGGUACGAGACGCAUAAACUGAAUUUUUUGCGAACUUGUACGGUUUCCAAAUUAAUAAGUUCGAAUUUCCAUGUUACCGAAUUAUAUAAAGGAGAAUUUAUAUUAAAUUGAAUUUUCAUUUCAUUGAAUUCAUAUUUAAAAGAAUUUUUAUUAAAUAGAACUUUUAUUUAACUGAAUUUUCAUUUAAAAGAAUUCUCCUUUGACAGAGAAUUUCUAUUCAUGCAAAUUUUUAUUUGACCGAAAUUGCAAAUGGCCGAACAAAUAUCCGACGGAAUUGGCGGGAAUUUGAAAAUUGAAAUUCGAGUUUAUUAACUUCAAAACCAUAGAAAUUACAACAAAUUCAAUGUGGGGAAUAUUCAUGCGUCCUGAUAGAUAAAUAUUCUUAAAAUUUCUUACAAUACAAUAAUACGUUGAUGAUAUUUUUAAAAAUUGAAAAAAAAUGAAGAAAAAUAUUCCUACUCUUUAAAUUUGAAUAAGUGAAAAUUCACGUGUCAAAAGUUUUUCACUUAAGAAAAUAACUGACUGUUGACUUAUACUGGGUGAAUUUCACUUAUUCAGAUUUAGAGAAUAAUUUGUUUUAUUACAAACUUGGAGUUUGGCUGUAAAAUUUUUAAGAAUAUUCACUAUCUAUUUUUUCCAAGGGAAUUUCUUAGGAACUAGAUUUGUGAGAAUUUUACUUAGACGAGCCUAAAGAGAAAAAAAGCAUGAGAACGUUCUAUUAAAAACUUAGAACUCGUAGAUAUUUGCGCAUCUUGAUUAUUAUAAAGCAUAAACCCUACUUUUUUAUAAUAUAUCCGGACACGAGUCAUGUCCCGAUUUAUUGAAGACAGGACAAAUAGAAUUAGUACGUUGUACAUAUUAUUAUUGAUAAAUAUUAAUAAUAAUAAUAUUAUUAUUAUUAUAUUAAUUGAUAGUUUAAUCGAUUAAGCGAUUAUCGUGUUAGUCUACAAAAUGUGGAUCCGUUUUAAACGGUUCGAUCGACUUUUUUUUGCAGUUUUAAAAAAAAGAAUUAACGAGUCUUUACGAUUUUCUUGUGACAUUGAAUGUCUCGAGGAUAAAAUAUCCUCGUAUAAUUUUUUUUCUUUAAAUCAGGACAAGAGAAAGUGAUUCAUGUCUCUAUAUUAAAAAUUCGAAAAUCUUAAUUCGUACCUCUUAGUCUCUCUCUUGUCUCGCGCGAUCCUUUUCCCUUCAAGUCAUUAGAUAGCUCUAUUUGCGACGACUGAACUCUUCUUACAUCAAUUGUUCGAUCUUGGAGCUUCCCGGUGUUUCGACCGCGAUUUUUGUUUUCGAAACGAGACGAUUUUUUUGUCAAAAUGACAAAAUGUGCAAUCGAAAUUAUCGUUCUGUUACAUUGAUUCUAGUUUCUAAAUAUCUCCCCAGUAUUUGAAUCGAUCGAUUGGAAUCAAAUUUUUUCAUGAUUAUCGAAUCAUCAAUUUUGAUGAUUGUGGAAAUUCAAAUUUUCCGUUCGAUGAUUCAUUCAUCGAUUGGAAUAAAAUCGAUGAAUUCAUGUUGGAAGUUUUGUUAAAAAUAAAAAAAGGAAAAUCAUUUUUGACAAAAAAAAGCUUCUCGAUUUUUAAUCUGUUCCAAGUGAAAAAUGAUGAAUUUUUUUUAUGGUUUCUCAACUUGACAAGCGUUUUAUUGACGAGAACAGUGCCAUUAUCGGUCGAACCGAGGAUGCGUGGAAUCUCAAAACUUACGCAAUGGAGUGCGAUAAAGUAAUUUCGACUCAAAAGCGGGUAAGGCCAGUUUUUUCUGGGAUGUGUAAAUAGUAAUACUUUUUUGUAAUAAUACCUAAUCGCAUACUUAUUGAGACUCAAAAUUAUAUGAAAAAAAAUUUGAUCCCGAUAAUAGUGCAAAUUUAAAAUUCAUUCAUUAUUGACAAAUUCUCCUAGGAAACUUGAAAUUCAAUAAAUAUAUACAAAUAAUUUAAUUUGUAAAAUAUGUUUUUGAUUAAAAAAACCAAAUUCAAUGGAGAAUUUCCAAAAAUUGUUAGUAAUCAAUUUAUUGUAGAUUUGCAUGUCACGGGCAAAUCUCGAGUUUAUUUUAUAAUCGAAUUCAUUGAAUCGACUUUAUUUUUAAAUCGAACUCUUUGAAUCGAGUAUUUUUUAAACGAAUUUCGUUUUUUUCUAUUGAAAAGAAAAUAUAUAAUUCUUAAAAAUAAAAAGAGAAAACAAUAUAAUUUCGUUAUAGUUUCUUGUCCUUUUCGUUCUUUUAGAUUUGCGAGAAUCCUUUUUUUUCAAUCGCUGUUAUGCUUUGAUGGAACUGAUUUACGAAAAUCAGUUGCGAUGAUUCCACAGAGGAGAAAUUUGUUCAAGUCGAUACGUUUUAAGUAUCUUUAAACUUUCUUGUGAUGUAUGUGAUUGUAUAAGUUUUUGUUCAGAUUUUAAUUUUUCAGUAUUCUACGAAUGUGUCGCGUCUAUACAGAAGAGGGUGAUCUAAAAGAUCGUUUUUUCAUUCUAAGCUUUAUGUUUUUUCCCUUUUUACAAUUUAUGUUUUUUUUAAAUUUUUUUUUAAAUGAAAAUAUUUUAACAUCCAGCAAAUACGUAGGACGAAAAUCAUUCGAGAAAUUCAGUAAAUGUGUUCUUUUUCCUGCGUAGCUGGGAUGCCUCGAGAAAUGAGUCUAAUUUUUAUUUAUAUUGCGAUUAUCAUAGGCGAUUAACUGUGCGUAUGCGAGUGAUUUGAAAAUAUGCGCGCUUUGGCUCUUAGCGACUCGAAAAAUGUUUUCCUCUAUUCAUUAAUUCUAGUAAAUAGUGACGUUUGUAACGUGAUUUGCGUUUCACUUUCUUUUUCUUCUUUUUCUCAAUUAUUACCUAAUUUCUCUUAUUAAGAGAAUAUUAUUAUUAUUAUUUUGAACAAACUUCGAGAUUUGUUUAAAACGUGUUGAAUUUUGUUAAAAGGUCUUGAACUUUUAAAACUCUUUGAACUGUUCAGAAAAUUGUUUAGAGAAAAGUAGAAGGAAAGAUUGUGGAAAAAAAAUUGUUAAUAAAAAAGUGGAAAGACUUUCUUUGUUUUGUUUUUUUUUUUUUGUUUUUUUUUUAAUUCUGAGGGGAAAUAAUUGAUUGACUCGUUAAUUGCCGUUUUUAGUCUGCCGUGUAUGUAUUUUUUGUCACUUUUGUGUUAAGCCUGGACUAUUGCAACGAGCGAUCUCACGUCUAUUAUUUAAGUUUACAAGUUAGCGUGGUAUUGCUGUAUAGCGACGAGAGACGAGGAGUUUAUAAAUAUGUAAUGCCUUAAUGUUAACGAUAAUAAUGAUAGUGUUAUGUUAGUUUACACUCUUAAAAAAAAAAAACAUGAAGAAGCAAAAACAAGAUUUACACUACUGGAUUGAGUUGUUUCCAAUAUGUCUCCGUUCUGUUCGUCAAUUUGGUAUUUUUGUAUAUACACAAUAAAAAAAACAAACAAACAAAAUGUAUAAUUACGAGUAUCUCGAAACUUUGUGAAACGAGCUGAGCGUAGAACCGACUGCUGUCUGAAAUAGUUCAGGCUGGAUGGAUGUCAAUGUUUGUAGCUGGUAAACAAAAAGGCAACACGCAGCGUAUUGUAAUUAAAAUUGAAAACCAUUAACAA